AUGGAGGGCUUCUUCGAGAAGGAGGAGGAAUUGUUUGCGGUGAAUCGCGUUGUGAAUCUUUGGAAAGAGCAGGUUGGGGGUGUGGCUGAGUUGAAGGACUCGUUGACUGAACUUGCUGAUGAGGAUGAGGAGGAGAUCUAUAUUCUCAAUAAGGGGUGUUUGUUUAGAGAUCGUGAGGAGUGA